AUGUUCGGGGGCCGGGCCAGUUCUCUCUUCCUGGACACUUCAGAGAUCUGGUGGCAGGACCCACCGUCCCUGCAGGCGGACGCAGCAUCCUGGGACGUGGCAGAGGUGGCAUCUGUGUGUAAGGCAGCAGAUGAGGGUUCAGAUCCGAGCCCCCAGGAGGGGAACAGCACGGAGGAGGAGCAGGAUGUUCAGGACCCGGAGCUGGAGGCCAUCAAAGCCAAACUGCGGGAAAUAGAGAAGGAGGAUGAGAGGUUGAAGGAAUUACAGCUGGAAGCUGAGAACCACCUGUUCAGGAGCUCAGAAGCAGCUCUCUUCCCACUGACAACCAAGGAGAAGAUGGAGGCUGACCAGCGUUCCAUCUAUGUGGGCAAUGUGGAUUACGGGGGCACAGCAGAAGAGCUGGAGUCUCACUUCAACAGCUGUGGGCAGAUCAACCGUGUCACCAUCCUCUGUGACAAGUUCUCGGGCCACCCCAAAGGCUAUGCCUACAUCGAGUUCGAGGAGCAGAGCUCUGUGAAGGCUGCGGUGGAGCUGGACGAGAGCGUGUUCAGGGGCCGUGUCAUCAAGGUGCUGCCCAAGAGGACUAACAUGCCUGGCAUCAGCAGCACGGACCGCGGGGGCUACCGGGGCUAUUUCCAUGCCCGGGGAGGGCUGGGCCGCUGGGGAGGCUUCUAUGGGCAGCACCCCAGGGUGCGAGGGAGGACCUACAGGGGUCGGGCCAGGCUGCUGCCUUGGUAUUUUCCAUAUUAGAGAAGACUGGACUGCCUGGUGAUGCCAAUGGGACUGGAAAGAGGAGAUGAGAUUGGAGAGAUAAAAAAAAAAAAGAUGCCUACCCAAGCCAAAAAAUAGAUUAAUUUUUAAAAUGCCAUCUGCUUGGCCAUGAGGAUUACUGGUGAGCCCUGUGCUGGGCUGCAGGAGGGAAGAUGGGAUCUGCUCCAUCCUAUCAGCAUCCCAGGAGAGCUCAUCCCACCUCUGCUCUGCCCCUGGGAUUGUUUGCACAGAGAACAGGCUCCUUCCAGAGAACACUGUCCUGGAAAAGGAAAAGUUCUCCCAGACCAUCAAGUCCCCUCCUUUUCCCAUGGGAGAGGGCUGUGCUGGAGGGUUUGGUUUGGCUCCUGGCUGGCUGCAUGCCCACCAUGCUUGUGAACCUCUCUCAGCUCUCCCUGCAGCAGCUGGAUGCUUCCUUUUCUUCUAAGAUCCUAAGGACUGUUUCCUUUCCCAAAUCAAAGGAGAAAGUUUUGGGUUGCAGCUCCAGAUCUGAUUGCUGGGGACAUUUUCUUUCAUCAGCCCCAUGGAUGUGACCAUCCCCUUGGGAAGCCUGAUGUGGUUUGGGUCUGGUUUUUAGCUUGCUGUAUUUGUACAUCCAGGCCAGGGAAGAAGCAUCCAUUGUUUCUCUGGAAGCCUCUGUCUCUGUGGUAGUUAAACAAGACCUGGGUGUCACAAAACCCUUCCCCCCCCCCUUUUUUUUUAUUUUUGGAUGUCAGUAAUCCCCUCUUCCCUCCCUCUUGCUUUUAUUCCAAGCACCUGGGGUUAAAGGAUGCUGGCAACUCCUCAUUUUACUUUAUUUCUUGCAGUAGCAGCAUUACAAAAUCACCUUUACUGGUGUAAAUUUGGUCUGGUCUCCCUCUUUAUUGCCAUCACCAUUCCUGCUCUGGAGUCACAUUUGGGGAUGGUGUGAGCCCUGCUGGAGACUUGAGACCAAAGGAGCUGGGUACCAGGGAAGGUUGUUCCUGGCUCUUCCCUUUCCUGCUGAUUUUGUGUUUAUGAGCUCUGAAGCCAGGUGUUUUUAAAGGAAAAACUUUGUGUUAAAAGAGGCAGGCUGGGAAUCCCAGCAGACAGCAUUCCUGGGGGAAGUUUGGCUUGGAAAUGGGUUUUAUUAUGUAAUUGUCCCACUAAUCUUUUAGGAUCCUUGGUUAGGAUUCCUCUAACCCAGAUGCAACAGAUGCAAACGACUCCUAAAGCAGCUUUUCACAGCUCAGGGGCAUUGCCAGGCUAGAAAUCCCACUGAUUUUUUUUUUUCUCCUCUUUAAGAUCUCUAGUUUGUUUUUUUUGUUUUUUUUUUUUUUAAAGCUUGGGGCCUUAACUCUUCAUGUUGUGUUAUUGUCCUCAGAGCUGCUGAGACUGACCUUGAUUUGAGCUACCCCUUAGGCUUAGACUAUAAACCAGCUUUUUUCUAGGGCUUCCGUUUGAUAGGAUUAUAAAUUUUUAAGCUUAUUUUUAAUAAAAAAAUACGUUGGGGUGUUUGGACUCUGUUGUAGAAGAGGCAACAUUGAGCUGCCAUCUCUGUGAUUGAAAACAGCCACUUUUUUAGAUGAAAAUGUUUGUGGAUAGCACUACACAGCUGUGCCUCGUGGAGAUGGUGGGAGAGGCUUGAACUUCCCAUGAUAUUCCAGGUGGUUGCUGAUAAAAUGUAAAAUGUACUUAAGUUCUGUUUGAGAAAGUAUCUGUAGCUGUUACUUAUUUUUAAAAUAAAUGAUCCUGCUGUGUGAACUUCAUGUGCAGUUCUGGCUUUCUCCAGGCUCCGGGAUCCCCUGGGGCUGGGCAAUUCUGUUAUUUUUUUUUUUUAGCUGGUUUCUGUGGUUUUUAACUGAUGAGGUGCUUGGAGUAGAGGUUUGUGUGCCUGCUCCUGCUUGCAUCUCCUCUGCUGAACGAGGAGUGAUGGAGCUGGGAUGCUUUUCCAGUGCAAUUUGUGCUUUAUUCCAUAGAAAUACCUGCUUCUGAUUUGGGAGUCUGCAAUUAGAACAGCAGGGAGCUGCAGGGGAGGAGAUGCUAAUAGAGAUUAAUUUGGGAUGAGCCAGGCAGCUGUGCAACCCUGAAGAAUUAAUCUGUCCCUGGAUGUGUGGAUUUAUUCCAGCUGC